UGGUCACUUGCAUGUGACACACCCUGUGCUGCAGAGCCGACUCCUCAGAUAGUCAUUAGCAUCAAUGGAGGAAGUUUAUGCGAAUGUUGAAUAUGAGGAAUGUGUUGAAUUCAAAGGAACCCCCAAAAAACAGACAGGCUCCGAGGUUUCAAAGAGAUUUCCUGGAGCUGUUGUCCUGUUUCUGGGGCUGCUCAGUGUUCUCCUGCUGGCUGGACUCAUCGGUGUCUGUGUCCACUACCAUGUCUCAGCAUAUGGAUCAGCUCCAGAUCUCUCCAUGAUCAAAGCCAACCUGACUGAGAGUCUCAACGCCAGUUAUAAAAAGAUUUCUUCCCUGACUGAAGAAAGAGACCAGCUGAAAGCCAGAAUCACUGAAAUGACUGAAGAGUUGAAGAAGUCUGUCCCAAAAGAGAAAACGUGUCCUGCAGGAUGGAGGAUGUUCAGUUGCGCCUGUUAUCUCCUCUCUUCUGGGAGGGGUUCCUGGGAUGAAGGCAGAAAGGACUGCAGAGGCAGAGGAGCAGAUCUGGUGGUGAUAGACAGCUCUGCAGAGCAGGAGUUUCUCAAAAAGUUCACCCAGACAUAUGCUUGGAUCGGUUUGACUGACAGAGUUAAAGAAGGAACCUGGAAAUGGAUAGAUGGAACUCCACUGACUCUGAACAACUGGGGAAACAACCAGCCUGAUAAUGGUGGUGGAGAUCCACAGUGGGGUGAAGAGGACUGUGCCCAUAUCAGACCUGACAGCGAGUGGAACGACCGGUCAUGUGAAACCUUAAUGCGGUGGAUCUGUGAGAAAACGGCUCAACAUUGCUGAACGUUUUGAGAUCAUCAAUUUGAUAAUGCUUUGGCUUUGGCAAUAAUGCUCUGUCAUGAUGAGAUGAUCCACCACCAUUCCAGCCAGUGUGUGUAUAUAUGUAUGUGUGUGUAUCAUGUGAUCCAAUUGAAAGCCCCAUAGAGUAGUGCAGAGAUGACACCUUUUUGUAGGCCAACACAGAAAUUAACAUUGCCCUGGUUCCCUCAACAAAAGCCUGUGGGAUUUUUCAAUAAGAUUUUGGAUAAUUGCAGAAAAUAAUCUCUGUGGCAAACAAACGUUUGUGAUACUUACACGAUUUGUUUAGCAGGAUAGUCUUUAUAAAGGAACACAUUUUUUAUUAUUUCUGAAGCAUCAAUGCAAUCACCAUGAGGAAAAAGCUAACGCUGGGCUAUAAACAAACAACACUAUGGUCGUGUGACUUCAAUGUCCUCACCAUAACGAGGCUGUAAGGGUGAGUUUGGCAUGAUGAUGCUCUGUGGUCUCAUUUAGCCACUUGUUAGCAACUGUCUUUUUUAAGACGCAUAAAGGCUUCAAAAUUUAUAAUUUGGGUAUUGACUGACAUAUUUUAUGUGUAGACCAAAACCUCAAAG